AAAAAUCGUAGAAAUUAGUGGGAAGGAUUCCUAUCUUCAUCUGCAUACGAGUGUGAGAUGCGUAAUUCAAAGUUUCAAACACUGGAGGAGUGAGACAUAAGUAAGAGAAAAACCAUAUUCUUCAUUUAUGAGAAUAUAGAUUUUAGAGAGAGAAAAAUGGUUGGAUCCCAUUGCAAUAUCCCUGUCAUUUGGAAUAAAUGCAAAAGAAAAGGUGACAAAACCUUCUGGUCCAAGAAACCCCUCAUUCCACAUAAUCCAAAGCUCUUUCAGUCUCUCUCUAAUGUUUAAGACAACCUGAGCAGAAUACAAUAUUCUCAAUCAGACCUGAGAGUUGGUGGGUAGUACCUAGCACUCUCUUUAGAAAACUGAAGAGAAAGAAAAACCAUCUUCUGAGAGAGAGAGAGAGAGAGAGAGAAUGGUGGGCAUUUUCUCCAAAUUUUCAGUGAAUAGAAUCGGUCAUCGCCGCUCCCAAGCCUCAUUGGAUGAGAGAGAUGGGUCGGGUCAAAACACAAAUGUGACAUCUUCUGCUGCUGCUUCUGGCCAUGGGAUAGAAGCAGCUUUUGAGUUUAAGCCAAUUGAGCACCCAAUUGAGCCACCUGACCAUGACAAACCUGUGAAAUGCCCAAUGCCAGAGCCUCCCAUUCUCAAUGAUGGGAGAAUAUGGAAGGAGCGGUUGGCUGCUAGUGUAAGGAGGAGGGCAGAGUUGCCGGUUAUGAAGGAAGGAGGAGGACAGCAACACCUUCAAUCAGAGAGUGAGCACAUUAGGCUUCACUCUCCCCCCAGUAAGCACCUAAUUCUGCCUUCUCUCAGUGCCCCUGAGCAGAAUAUCGUGAAGCUCCUCGAAGAUUGAAAAUCAAAUUGAGUUCACUGUUGUUUGGAAUUUGAAAUGCUUUUUGCGGGUGGGUUUCUCUGUUGUAUAUAGUUGUUUUUUUGCCUCCUAUUCCCGUUCACUAUUGGUUGUUCUUCACAUGUUUUGGAUAUAUGGUCUUUUUGAUAUUCAUGCACCUUCUUUCUUUUUGUGUUUCAUGUGUAUCUGAAAGAAUUGUUUCUCCCUAAAAGAAGUCACUAGAUAUAUACCAGACAGCAUGAUUUCAUAUAUUGCUUAUAAACAAAGUCACUUGAUGUAUACCAGAACAUGAUUUUGGUUGUAAAACUACUCUCUCCCCC